GGGCUCAGUCUUUGAGAAAUAUCUCACUGAAGCCGCAGCACAGCUUAAUAAGCAAGACCUUCCUCAAAGAACUCAUGUCUGUCUUCAUUGACUAGAAGAAACUUGCAACAGGUAUAUUGGGCAAAAUUGCAUAUAAACAUGUAUUUUAAGAGAAAUUCUUACAAAAAUGCUGGUGAAUUUUCCUGAGGGCAUUUUUUAAAAAAAUGCAAGCUGAUGUAAAAAAUGUGGAGAACUGAACUUAAUACUGGAAAAGUGAGAAACUGACAGAAACCAAAAUGUACAGAUUUGCCCAAACCUAGAGGACAAGGAAACUGGAGGUAAGUUCAAUAAAUUCCUUGAAUUGGCCUCAUUAAGGUGAGCGCGAGAAAGAUGCUGCAGGUUUCUGAAAAACUGUCUCAACCAGAAGUUCCCAGGCAUGACUUCUUUAAAAAAAAUGAGUCACACCAGCGAGUGACACAUCAUGUUGUCACAAUUUUUUAAAAAAUAAAAUAAAAUACAUAUAUCGCCUAUUGAAGGGUUUUUUAAAAAAAUAAUAAUACUGUACUCUUAUUAUCUUGACUCUACAGUAAGGCUCCUUACAACUGACUAAGAGGUAAUACCAUAAAAAGUAGGUCAGUGAAAAUGAGGAGAUUACAGGCACACCAGUUUAAUCUCUGUGCUGGUAUGUUUUAUCAGCUGAACUGUACUAGCCAUCGCACUUGACAAUUUCAGUAUUAAAUUUCCAUUAAACUAUUCUUAAAGCACAUUUAAGACAUAUGGCUUCCGUCAAAGAAUUCUGGGACCUAUCGUUUACUGCUCACAGAGCAACAAUUCCCAGCUCCCAUGAUCCUUUGCAGGAGCUCCAUGCUUUAAAAGUACAGUGUGGGCAUGAGCUAUGUGCCCCAUAUUUUCCAUUUCUUUUGCCUGCAAUUCCCUUGCAGUUGAGCCAUACAGUGCUAUCAUAGGAGUCCCCCAAAAAGUGGGACUCUUAAUAGAGGUUGGAUUUUGGUUGGUUUUUUAUUGGUGGUGGUUGUUGUUGUUAUUGUUGUUGUUUUCCAUUAUCACUAUUAAAAAAAGAAGAAGAACUCUCUGUACCAGGUCUCUUUGCUAAUCCCCUCCAAAUAUUUCCAACUUUUAACUAUCAGCAUUUGUGCUGCAGCUAGAAGGUGUUGGACCAGAGUAUUGUCGCAGCAGUCUUUAUUCAGUCCGUCCCAGCCACCCCACAGAAAAGACUCACUGUUUUGUAAUUAAAUUAAUUUCAGAAAAAUCAGGUCCCAAAAUUUGGCCCACCAUAACUGGUAGUAUAGGCUUUUCCUGGAUCUACAGCACAAACAUUGAGAAGAGAGAUUCAGGAUAAAACAGGAAAUCUCAGUCGUGGUAAGGUGACCUUUAAACAGUGUUUGUAGUUUAAUUAUUUCACAACAUUUAUAUUGCCCUUGGCUAUAAUAAACCCAAGGGCUACAAAAGGAUUUACAAAAAUAAAAUAAAAAUUAAGAAGUGUUUUUUUUUAAUGGUUUCCUGUAUAUGAGCUUAGAUAAAACAGAGAGAAGAAUUUACCACAUAUUAUUCCAUCUGGCUAAAUCAUGCUUGGUAUGUAGAUCAACCUCCCAGCUUGUUUCCAUCCUGACAAAGUCUCUGUCUAAGGCUAUUAAUUUUUUUAUAUUACUGUGACACCCGGACCCUUGCUAUGUUCAAAGGCUGACAAGGACCUAACAGCUUGUUGUUUGAUUGUAUCUUUAGUUAUACAGUCAUACCUCAGUUUAAGUACGCCUCGGCUUGAGUACUUUCAGUUUAAGUACUCCGUGGACCCGUCUGGAACGGAUUAAUCCACUUUCCAUUACUUUCAAUGGGAAAGUUCGCUUCAGGUUAAGUACAGACUUCUGGAACCAAUUGUGUACUUAAACCGAGGUACCACUGUACAGUAAAAGCCUCCCAAAUCUCUUGGGCUUUUACGUUGGGUUUUGUUGUUGUUGUUGUUGUUGUUGUUGUUGUUGUUAAAAAGCAUUAAGGCAAAUAUGGAAUUUUCUACCUCUGGUGCUAAAAUAAUUUGACCAGCUCUGGGCACUAUGCACAUUGAUGUGGGGCAGCCGUUAACCCAUCUAUGUUUGCCUCUUAAUUGAAUGAUUGUAAGUCAAUAAGCACAACUGAGAACUUUGAGAACCUCAAGCAAUAAAAACUGUAGAAAAUCUGCUGAUUUCUUUUCAUAUGAAGACUUAGGAACCUCUGGCCUUCAUUACCCCUAGCUUCAAUGGAGAGUAUGUCAAUCUAUUUCAGCCAGAGCAGGAACAAAAUAAUAAGGAAUAAUGUUUGUUUAUAAAAUAUCCCAAUACAUAUUUUACGAAAUAGAGUAUUUUCCCAUAUUAGUAUUUAUAGAAACUGUUCAAUUUGGGGUUUUGUUGGGGUAAACAGUAUUGAAUCUAGCAGGUUAGUACUAGAUGCAUUAUAUAACAUGCAUUAUUACUCAGAAUAGGCAGGAAAUUUGAUUCCGUUCACAUUUAAAAUCUACAUUCUGUAGACACCAUUCAACUCUCAGGUGGUUAUUUAACCUACUUUUGGGGCUCUUUUUUUAAAAAGUCUUUUCCUUCAGGGAAGGGAGGCAUGGUGUAUACACAGAGGCAUUCCGCCUUAGUUUCUCUUCUUCUUUUUCAAAUCCUACCUUCGCAAAAACAUCACUCUGUGCAAGUUGAGUCACAGCCUUCACAGACAGCUGUUUUAAACAAUUUAAAAAUCAAAAGAUGGUAUCGAACCUUUGAUGAAACCAGGAAGCUAAUGUGUUUAUUUUGAGUGAUUAAGACAUAAUGCUAUCUCACAGAAAGAAUGCACUGGGGAGAUUUGUGUAGAGGAUUUUUUUUCUCUUUAAAAGCAGGAGCAAAUUGUCAAAUACACGGCUCUUAUUGAACGGACCCAGAAAGAACCAGAUAACAAAAGAAUUGAGACAGAAGCAGAGGAUUUGUUGCUUGGAUUUGGAGCAGAACCACUCAGGGUCCACUUCAGAGCAGGAUUACAGAAGCAGCGACCGCCGUGUCAAUGGUGCCCUUCUCGUUAGCUGUGUGGCUGCUUCUACUGCCUGUGCUGCUACAAGAUGCUGCCAGUUCUGAAGCAGUUUGUGAAGCGCAAGCUCAACGAAUUAUUGGGGGCCGACCAGCUCCCUCUGAUGGGUUGUCAUGGCCCUGGCAAGUCAGCAUUUUCUAUCAGGGCAAACAUAUUUGUGGAGGCGCCCUCAUAGCCGAGAAGUGGGUCCUGUCUGCAGCUCACUGCUUCCCUAACUUUAAGAUGCAAACUAAGCAUUAUGUUGUGGUGCUGGGUGCCUAUCAGCUCCUGAACACUUCAAGUAACACAGUAACAUCUGAUAUCCAACGGAUUAUCCUCCAUCCCAGCUAUGACAGCUAUGACACCCCCCCCCCCAGAGGGGAUAUUGCUUUAGUAGAGCUGAAGUCCCCUGUGAGUUUCACUGCCUACAUUCGCCCCAUCUGCUUGCCAGAGGCCUCUGUACAGUUCUCAAUGGAAGAAAGCUGUGUUGUGACUGGAUGGGGAGAGAUUCAACCUGGAGUGGCAUUGCCACCCCCACUAACCCUCCAGGAAGUGAAAGUGCCACUCAUAGACCGAGAAAAAUGCAAUUCUCUCUUCAAUGCUGCCCAACGUGAACCACCACUCUAUAAUCCAGUCGGCCCUGGUAUGAUCUGUGCUGGCUACCAAGAAGGUGGCAAAGAUUCCUGCCAGGUAGGAUGCUCCAUAAUUGUGGUUGGCUGUGGUGGACAGCAGCACCCCAGUAAAGGAGGGGACGGGCUCCAAAGGUCUAGCUCAGGUAUGGAGAACCUGUGGCCCUCCAGACAUUGUCAUCCCCCCCGAUCAUUGGCUCUGCUGGCUGGGGCUGAUGGGAGUUGGAGUCCAACAACAGCUGGGAGGCCACAGAUUUUUCCAUCCUUUGUCUUGGUUUUAUUCACAGGGCCAGCAGUUCAGAAACGUAGCCUUCUCAGAAGAUGAGUACAGGCCUACUCACUCUUAAAUAGACAUGACAUAAAAAUGAAAUGUUUUAGCAGUGGGGUGGUAGACAUACAGGGCCGUCUCAAGCAUGUCGGGCGCCCUGGCGCCGUGGUGCGGAGAUUGCUCCGGUGCCCCCGCCCCGCUCCGUUUCUUGCUGUGGCUGGUGGGUGGCCGUAGCUUGCAGCACGGUUCCCGUGCCGCUCCGCCGUGCGGCGCCCCCCUACCAGGCCGGCGCCCCACACCACCCAGACUACCCCUAGAGCCGGCCCUCUAGACAUAGGUGGCAAGGCAUUACAUGCAAGCUAGUGAGCAGGCUGGCAGAGGAGAGACAGGGUGCUCCAUCUCUAAUCUAUGUCCACCAUAGAAGCCAAGAGGUCUGCUGGAGGAGGCAAUCUCCAUGCUCCAGGCCCUGCAUUAAAAUGCAGUGGGCUGCUGCGAUAAGGACUGAGCUGUUUGUCUCUCCUCUCCUGGCCCGCAGCAAGCAUACAUUUUUGCAAGCCCACAGCAAGCUAACAUACAUUUUUGCAGGCCAGUAACAUUUGAAGACUUCUUUACAAGGCUGCAUUAUAUAUUCAUUAAACUGAAACUGAAAGUCUGGACCAGGGAUAGAAGGAUCUGUCGAUUUCAGCUUUCAACAUUUUAAUGUGAAUUUCUCCCAAUAAGCGCAAUUUCAUAUGCAGCUUUGACUAAUAUACAUGCCUGUGCAAGCAAUAUUUUAAUAAUAUAUGCAUCUUUGUUAACAUUGUUUAGUUGGAGAACUGAAUCACAAAAUUCAGAUAUGUGUGGAUUUCAACAGAUAGCUGGGUUUCAGUUCCCAUAUUGUUUUGGAAAAUUCAUAUUUGGUCGUUUCAGCCUUAUGCAUAGUUUCUCCUCCAUACCUUAGCCAUUUCUUCACUACCUUAAUCUAGCUGAACUAUACAUGAGGACAGGACCAGAUCUGUAAAGGAAAUAAGCAUAAUCUGUUUUGAAACCAGUCUCCCAAACCUGCUUCCUGUAACCAUGGACUGACUCCUAUCUCU